AUUAUUCCUCGAGAGGUGGUGGUGGUGCUGCUGCUGUAAGUUCGAGGAGCGGGAGACCGCGGCGGCGGCGGCGGUGGAGGAGGAGGGGAGAAUGCUACGCCGGUCGUAGCGUCUCCGUCCUCUCGCUUUCUUUUGGGAGGAAGGUGGAGCGGACGGGAGGAGCGGCAGCGCGGCUCGAGUUCUUGGAGGUUCUUGGAUGCAGCGAAGCGGAGCACAGGCCAGGAAGGCGUCGCUGGUUGAGUCUAUACAGGCAGCAAUCUCCGAGCUCAUGCCGCCCGAGGCGGCAGCCGAUGCCGAGCAAGAAAACUUCAUGGAUGUUGGCAGCCACCUUUACCAUGCACCCCUGGCCACAAUGGACCUGCAGAGAGCGCAGAAUUCAACAAUACAUGCGAUGGAGUAUCUGGCUGCCAAUGUCGACCUCGCCAAGGACCUCAUCAUGAGGUGCAGCACCGUGGCGCGGAAGCUCAAAAACGAUGACCUCCUGAGCAUGACCGAGGACCUUGACAGUGUCAUAAAGAACAUUGGCCAUGAGCUCAGUAGGAUACCGGCUUCAACAUUUGGUAGCACUAGGUUUGCGGAAACCAGGGCUGACGCAAAUCUUCAGAUAGCAGGAAACCGGCCACGUUAUUGUGACCAGAACUCCUGUGAUGGUUACUCUGAGGCUGAUAUGUCGAUAAUCACGGCAAACAGCAGGCCCAGGAGAAGAACACUUCACAAUAGUGACAUGCCAAGGCUGGUGGACUUCCUGCAGGGAAUGUACCAUGAAUCACAUGACAUCGGUGCACAUUCAUUCAAUUCCCUCCCUGAAGUUGCAGAAUAUGUCGAGCCACUAUAUGAUUCUUUCUUCUGUCCAUUGACGAACAAGGUCAUGGUUGAUCCAGUGACAACAGAAAGUGGUGUGACAUUUGACAGGAAAGCCAUCGAAGAGUACUUUGAAAAGUUUACUGAUGGUUCUGAACCUGUGAUAUGCCCUGUGACAAAGAUGUCAAUGCAAAGCAAGACACUGAGAAGCAAUGUUCCGCUGAAAAGCACAAUUGCAGAAUGGAUUAUGAGGAAUGAAUCCACACGGGUUAGGAUUGCACGUACCGCACUCUCCAUGGCGUCCACAGAGGCAAUGGUACUUGAGGCCAUACAAGAGCUGAAGCUGCUGGCCAAGCUAAGGAGAAAGAACAGGGAGCAGAUGCACAAAAUUGGAAUAACUAAGUUCCUCCCUCGGUUGUUGGAGCACAAGGAUGGUCUUAUACGUUGUGAUUCACUGGAUCUCCUUUGCUUAUUGGUUGGGGAUGAAACAGGAAAGGAAAUCAUAGCAAAUACCAGAGCCAUCACAAGGACAAUAAAGCUGCUUUCUAGUAGUAGUCCUGAUGAAAGACAUGCAGCAAUCUCUUUCUUGCUAGAGCUUUCAAAAUCGGAGUUACUGUUGGAGAACAUCGGAUCAACUGCUGGAAGCAUACUGAUGCUAACCACAAUGAAAUUCAAUGAUUCGGAUGAUCCAGUUGCCGCAGAGAAGGCUGGAGAGGUCCUCAAGAACCUGGAGAAAUGUCCAAAGAACAUUAAGUACAUGGCUGAAAGUGGUUACUUGGACCCUCUCCAAAGGCAUUUAGUUGAAGGGUCUGAAGAUGUUCAGAUGGAGAUGGUGAGCUACCUCGGCGAGCUGGUCCAGAAGCAGGAAAUGACCAUCAACAUUGCUGGGAGUGCUUCAGAGAUCCUCAUCAAGAUGGUGCAUAGCGGCAACACCAUGAUCCGCAAGGCAGCCCUUGAUGUUCUUGUCCAGAUCUCAUCAGAUGGUCCCAACAGCAAAACUCUUGUUGACGCUGGUGCUGUUCCGGUCAUGGUGGAGGAGCUCUUCAUCCGCAAAAUCGACGACGAGCCUAUGGGGUCCAAGACCGAGGCCGCUGCGGUGCUCGCCAACAUUGUCGAGUCCGGUCUCGAUCCCGACACCAUCGUCGUCAACAAGGAAGGUCAUGUCAUCACCUCCAAGUACUCGGUGUACAACUUCACCCACAUGCUCAAGUGCUCCAUGCCUGAUGACCUCAACCUGAGCAUCAUCCGGGUGCUGCUCGCGCUCACCGCGCUCCCGAAGCCGCUCAUGACGGUCGUGUCCGUCAUGAAGGAGCAGGACAUCAGCCUGACGGUGAUCGAGUUCAUGGGCUCGCAGACGGAGGCACUGGGCAUCGGCGCGACUAGGCUGCUCAUCGCGCUGUCUCCGCAGAUGGGGCACACCAUAGCCGAGAAGCUCUGCAAGGCGCCAGGGCAGCCGGGGAGGCUGGUGAAGAGCAUCGGCCAGCCCGGGCGCGUCACCGAGCGGCACGCCGUGUCGGCGACGCUGCUGGCGAGGCUGCCGUACCAGAACAUCACGCUCAACAUGGCGUUGCUGGAGCAGGGCGCGGUGGCGACGCUGCUGGCCAAGAUCGAGGAGAUGCAGCGCGGCGAGAUGCGGGCGAGCCGCCACGCGAGGCCGUACAUGGAGGGCCUCGUCGGCGCGCUCGUCCGGAUGACGACGACGCUGUACGAUCCCGACGUGCUCCUGGUGGCCAUGGAUCACAACUUCACGGCGGUGCUCACCGAUCUCCUUGUGCGGUCGGCGGGCAGCGACGAGGUGCAGCGGCUCGCGGCGGUCGGCCUGGAGAACCUCAGCCACCAGUCGGUCAACCUGUCGCAGCCGCUGUCGGAGGAGCGGCGCCCCAAGAAGAAGAAGAACAUCCUCCGGCGCCUGCGCGACGCCCACGCCGGGCGUGUGCACGACAACAACCGGAAGCCGCCGCCGCCGGCGCGGGGGCGCCCCUGUCCGGUGCACCGCGGCGUGUGCUCCCCGGCCACCACGUUCUGCCUGGUCGAGGCCGGCGCGGUGGAGGGCCUCCUCGGCGUCCUCGAGAGCAACGAGAACGGCCGCGUUGUCGACGCCGCGCUGGGCGCGCUCUGCACGCUCAUGGACGACUCCGUCGACGUGGAGCGCGGCGUGGCCGUGCUCGCCGAGCACGACGCAGCGCGGCACGUGCUGCGCGCGCUCCGCCAGCACCGCGACGCCGGCGUCGGCCCCGCCCACGCCCACGACGGGCUCGACGGCGGUGCGCUGUCCCGGCGCUGCUUCUGGGCCGUGGAGAGGUUCCUGGCGCACGGCGGCGAGCGGUGCGUCCGCGACGUGACCGCCGACCGCGCGCUGCCGAACGCGCUGGUGAGCGCCUUCCACAAGGGCGACGCCGCCACGAAGCAGGUCGCCGAGAGCGUGCUCCGGAGCCUGCACCGCAUGCCGGACUACUCCGCCACCUACGUCUCCGUCGAGCUGUAGAUGCUUCCUUCUUCUUCCUCCUCUUCUUGCCAUGUUUUGUACAUCUCCAUCACCUGUAUUGGUUUGGUCUUGUAACUACUAAAAGGUUCAGAAUCACAGGGAAAAGACAAAGAAGAAACACUGCAGAUGCAAUGUAACUACAAUGUUAUAGCAGGGGAAGAUAUAUGUUGUCAUUAACUUA